AUGGCAACCAGUCGUGUCAGCCCUGUUCGCCCGUCGGUUCGAUUCUCUCCCACCGAAUCUCAUCAUUAUCGUAAACGCUCAUUAUCUCGAUCUCCCGACCGUUCUGCUGCUCCGAAAUAUGAAACGAUUGACCCUUUGCUCAGCAACCUUUCUCCCGAGUCCACCUUGCUGGCACUAACCUCCACCGAUGCGGUACCCAAGAAUGAGAAAGCUGCUCAUGACAUUCUCUGGAAGAGUAUCUCACAAGUCUCCCCGGCGGAACGCGCCCUGGGAAUCCGCGCGGCUAUAGCAGCUCAGAAGCUCGGCGAGUGGUAUCGGGAGCUGCAGGCAUGGGACUGGCCGAAACGAGCCGAUGCUGAACUAGGAAAAGGUUUCAUGCCGCCAUCUUCGAGUAGUAUCGACUCUGAGGAACACAUCUACUAUGGCAGCUUACCCUCGGUCGUGGUUAAGCAGCAUGAGGAUCGCAUUGAAGAAAUUCGAGAUGGGAUGGAAACAUUGGACGUUGACGAACUCAAGGAACAUGUACUCAAUGCCCACAUUCCAGCGCGGUCUCGGCCCUCGUCAUCCAAUAGCACCGUGUCCAUGCCUCCUCCUCUAACCUACGUUCAAUUGAGCGAUUUCACUGCCGUCAUCACCGCCACCAUUCUUCGAGCCCUUCCUCUUUUGUCCCGGCUGAAUAGCCUCCUUACAACAUGGGACAUUCGACUAUUAGUGCUUCGCCAGAUUCCAGGCCUCCUACGAGCUUUGCAUCUUGCUCGGUCCGAGGUGGACUCUGCGAUGGAACUGUUGAAAGCUCCUUCUCCUCCUUCUGAAAAUGAUCCCCUAUAUUCGAGAGAAAACUAUCAUGCCAAGCGAGCUGGACUUGAGGCGAUAGUACUCUCGGUGGGCAGACGAAUGGAUAAUAUCCUUGACGCGCUCGAGGGUCGACAGGAUUCACUCCCGGAAAAUUGGAUUGACGAGCUGGAGGCUGUUGAGUCUGAUUUUAGCACCUGGGUUAUGGAGGCUGAAAAGCGUACGGUUGAGAAUGAAUGGCUACGCCUGAAGACGACGACGAGUAAAUCAAAAGAAGCUCAACGUAUGCAGAAUAAACAGAAUCGGCUGUCAAACAUUCCUGAAGAGGAAGAUUCUGAGCCUCCAGUUGCGGAUUCAUCCGACCCGUUCCCACAAUCCAAUUGCUCGCUUCCUAUGGAAACCAUCAACGAAAGCGACGAUGUCCACUCGUUGGUGGAAGAUAUCUCUGAUCCUGUUACGCACAAUCAAAACUCUGAACAGGUGCUCAAUACUUCGGAUCCCUCGCAAUCCAAUCUUGACCCGAGUGAGUUUGUGAGUUUGCCUGCACCUAACACGGACGCUACAUCAACAGCAAAAGAGGGUGCGGAGCUAGUGAAUGAGCCUCCAGAACAAAGUGCAAUCAAAAUCGUGAUAGAUACUGUAUCACCCGUUGAUGUGGACUUGUGUCAACCGAAGUCUUCGGAAAUCAUGAAAAGCUCCUCAGAAGACGCCUCUGAUAAUUCUAUUGGAGGAUCCUCAGACGAGCCAUCGGACGACCCCCCAUCUCAUUCGGCUCCUUGCGUUCGUCAGGUUCUACAGGUCAUAUCUGAUGCCGUUUCAGAGAAGGUAUCGUUUGAAGAGAAUAGAGAGGCUGCAGCUCAAACCCAUGGAAAUACUACGCUGCCAGAAAUUCCCGAACAGGAAUGUCCAGCUUCCAUAGAGCAAUCUUCGGGAGAAGAGACUGACGACACAAGCUCGAUAACCGAGAAACAUCAGGUGUCUCGUGACCUUCAAUGUUCCCUGACAAAUGACCAUUUUAUCGCAAACCGGCCUGCAGUUGAGUCCUUAUCUGUUCCAUCCGAGCCCCUACAAGAGAAUACAUCUCUUGUCUCACAUGUUGAGGAGAAGUUGUGCGGUUCGCAACUAUCUGUAUCUGUUCGGGGAGUACCAUCUAUCGCUUCAGGGUCGGCGAAGUCCAUUUACAAAGAGCACAAGAAUGCACCCCCAGAAGAACCCAGCUUUGCCAGUUUAAAGAAUGAUUCCUUCCGGAUUCCAGAGUCGGAAACAUCCUCACUACCUACGACAGGCACAUCGAUGGAGCGGACAGGUGCUGUUUGUGGCAUCAAUGAGCAUCAAACAAGCAACACCACAGCUGAAGACAACAUUCAGGAAAGAAGGAAACAAUUUUCAGAGGGAUUACCCCUCGUCGCGGUGCCUUCUGACUCUGAUCGUCAACUUUCAAUUGGACCAUUGAAGGGCAAGGUUGCUCCCACGGUUUCGAGCAACUUUACAGAAAUUGCAUUCAGCGAUGCGACAGCUGCGGCUGAGCGACUCACAGGCAACAGGCUUGAUCAUCAGGGCCUGAGUGCAGAUAUAGCAAGAGCAGCAGUUGACCCGUCUGGUUCCGAGAAAUCGUCGCCGAUCGAAAACGAAGCAGCAACUCUGGCAAGCGUCAUAGCCGAAGCAGCUACAACUGGAGCGCCUUCUACUUCUAUGUCACUCAAGAGAGAAGAGUCGCCUUCUGCAUCCACAACUUCGACGCCAGAAUUUGGGAAGCCAGCGUCUAAUUCUCGCGAUGACAAGGAGUCUGCCGUCUACAGCGGUGAACCACAACGGGCCUCGGAGACAGCUCCUCCCCCCAAGAUUCGCUUGGAAAGUCCCAUCAAACUUUCGAAAACCAGGCCGCAGAGCUUAUAUAUUGGCAAAGGAAACCCCAAAUCGCGGGCUCGACGAACUUCCACCGCAUCUGCGGGCUCCCUUUCGGAUUAUCCCUCCCUUACAUCUAGUCCAGGCAUCCGUGAGCCUCACACCGCGUCUUCGAAUGGGACACCACUGCUUCUCGAAACACCACCACCCUUCCAAGACCUUUCACAAGCAUCUGAUUAUGUAUCUGUUGGUACCGACCAUACUCUGCGUGAAGAGCGCUUGCGCCGGUUAGACAACCAGAAAGUUCCUAACGCAACCAUGUCGCAUAACCGGGCCCUGAGCCUUCCUCUGCAAAGAUUCAUCAAUGAAAGAUUCGACAUGCAGUACGAGAGCGAGGCUGGAGGUGAUUUGAAUGGUACCCUCAGCAAUCGACGAGCCUCAGAUGCUUCCGUCGACCUGCGUCCUCAAAGCGAGCAGCAUGCAACGGACUUACAGUCACCAAAGGAUAGCUCAACCGCGCCGACUAAUAGCUUGAAACUCCUCGCAAGUCAACACCUGGGACUUUCUCAGGGAAGACAAGCCACUUCGGAACUCGAUGACGCUACCCCUAAGCCGUCUAAAGCCUGGGCACUUAACACGAACGCUUUUGCCAGAAACUCUGUCAUUCCAAUCCCUCCAUCGGAACCUACUGUUGGUAACGACGCCGUCCGUAUACGAAAGCAAAUGACUACACAUCCUAGCCUUGAGAACAUUGGUGCUUACAAUUCCAACUCGCGGGCUUUGGGAGACACUAGCUUUUCAAGAAAGGGAACAUCGAGAUCCCCGACUCCCAGUAAACAGAUGAGGAGACCAAAGAAUGAACUGGAUGAGAAAAUAAGCUCGAUACUGAACACUAUUCCUGCCCGCAUUCACCUAGUCUCUUCUGGAGACCACGAAUUUGACGAGGCUUCUGUGGCGCCUUCCCUGCCAUUGAAACAUGGCGAGCGCUUCCGCUCGAUGACCCCACAGGGAGCCUUAUCGCGCAGCGGCACGCCUACACCUUCAUUGACGCUAACCGCAGCUCCCUCUCGCAGGAGGCAUUCUCAUGCGCCGGAAGACGGCUCCGUGAAGUUGUAUCAUUUGCAUCGCGGUGGUAAGGCUGCUCCUACCAAGCUAUUCAUUCGCACCGUGGGAGAAAAGGGUGAACGUGUGAUGGUUCGUGUUGGAGGCGGAUGGGCCGACUUAGCCGAAUAUCUCAGGGAGUACGCUAUCCACCACGGUUGUCGGACUGUAUCCGAAACACCGCGCGCCGAGGUUCAAGGCCUUUCUUCCCGUGGAACUCCCGCCCAUUCAUCACCAGGCAGCACACUCACACCGACCGCCAACACUGGACGCAGAACGCCGUCCCGACCCGCAUCCGUUAUAAGUAAUCGGCCCUCAUCCUCGCUUGCUGUUCGCAAAACGCGGCGAGUGUCGAACGUGUCAGAUCGGCCGGACUUCCGUUCCGUUAGCGCCGGUCAGGCAUUGAUGACCUCGUAUUCCCCAUUGUCCACCGUCUCCUCGCACCGACGGCUCUCGGUUUCUUCUACUAACUCCUUCGGUGGCACAUCAUUUGCGAGCGAAAACCACCGUGGAACGUUCACGAAUUCGCCGUCGAUACCCCUGGGUCUAGCAGGCCCAACACCAAGAUCACGUCGUGUCUCAAUCAGCCCGGAAAGUGAGGCAUGGGUGGAAGAUGUACUUGGUCAAGCUCGAAGGAGCUCUUCCUCGAGACCGGUCAAAUAUAUCUUACCAACGCAUGAGCAAGAGCCUGUUAGCGCCAGAGCCCGCACCUUGCCCAAAUCCAGAAGCAUCAGCGAUAUUGGUCGAGCUGGUUCCAGCAGGCGAGUUGCACUUCGCGGGUUGGGAAACCCAAGGGAUUGA